UUCAAUGUCACUGUCAGCUUGUGACAGUCUUGCUUAGGAAACUCAAGGAAAUUUCAAUUCCAAAGUUUUCACAAUUACAUAACGCUCAUACCCGAUAAUGGCAUCAAACAUCGCCAAGCGAAGCUUGUUCAGGGCAAUUGGGACCAGAGGCUAUGCCCAAUUGUCCCCAGUAAGCGGCACAACCAGCUACGACGUGAAAACCAGCCUGCUGUCCAACAAGCUCGUUGUGGUGGCAGCGGAAAACGAGUCGCCCAUUGCCAGAGUUUCCAUAGUCUUCAGGGCUGGCGCUCGAAACGAAACAGCUGAAAAUGUGGGUGUCACUCAUGUUCUGAGGGUGGCAGCCGGUUUGUCCACUCGAAACAAGAGCCAGUUCGCUAUUGUUCGCAAUAUCCAGCAAGUGGGGGCAAAUCUGAUUGCCACUGCUGAUCGCGAAACAAUUUCAUACACUUUGGAGGGCACCAGACAGGCUGUCGAACAGGCUUUGCCUUUCUUGGCCGAAGUGGCCACUCAACAGGUGUUCAAACCCUGGGAAGUGGUCGAACUUAGCGAUCGCCUCAAGCUUGAAUUGGCUGUACGCCCGUUACAGGUGAGGGCAGUGGAUCUGCUCCACAAGGCCGCAUUCCGCACCGGUCUUGGCAACUCCCUGUUUGUUCCAAAGUUCCAAAUUGGGAAAAUUUCCUCAGAAACAUUGCAGCAUUAUGUCGCCUCAAACUUCGUUUCGGGUCGCAGCGCCGUUGUUGGACUCGGCCUGGAUGAAGCCAAAGUGAAGCAGCUGGCGCAGUCUUUGAGCUUGAGCGACAACGAUGGCGUGAACAAUGCCAGCCCUUAUAAAGGCGGCGAAAUUAGGUCAGACAAAGGAGGCGACUUUGCUUUCGUUGCAAUUGCCGGAGAGGGAGCACCGGUGACAAACGCCAAGGAAGCUGUGGCUGCCGCUGUUCUACAACGGGCUCUUGGCGUAGGUCCACAAAUCAAAUGGAGUACGAGCGACAACGGCAUCCUGAGCAAAGCAAUUGCUGGAGCAUCCAGUGAGCCGUUUGCUUCCUCUGCCAUUAAUGCCAACUACUCAGACACUGGAUUGGUGGGCGUUUUGCUUGCGGCCCCCGCCAGAUCAGCAGGAAAACUAGUUGAAGGUGCCGUGAAAGUACUGAAGAGUGGAAGCGUGUCCGAUGCAGAUGUGGCUCGCGGAAAGGCCCAACUGAAAGCCUCUGUUCUUCUGGAGUUGGAAAGCGGUUCCAGAGCUGUUCAGCUCUUGGGAACUCAAGCUGUCUUAACCGGAGCUGCUAUAUCUCCUUGUGAGCUGGCAAGCGCCAUUGACUCAGUCACCACUGGGGAUGUGCGCAACGCUCUCCAGAAAGCUGGCAAAAAGCUCACUAUUGCCGCAGUAGGCAAUCUGUCCACCGUACCUUAUGCUGACGAAUUGAAAUAAACCUGAAUACGUAGGUGUCUAUACCACAGUAUAGUCGCAAAGUAUUUAAGCUUUUUGUUACUUUCAACCAGUUCUAACUAAAUGGAAGGUGUAGAUGGAUUUUUUAAAGGAGGCUUGAGGAAGGCUUGCAAUUAAUCUAAGGAUAGACCAAUAGAACCAAUAUAUGGCCGUACGAGCUUCUUACAAAGCCGCAACAACUAUUAUACUGACCAGAAGAAUAAUUAUCACAAUCCAGUACC